AUGGUCGACUUUUCAACAAGGGGUAACGCAUGUUUGGACAACUGCCUUACAAAUAGAAUAGAUUUGUUCUCAAAAUGUUAUCCUUUCCAUAUGUUAACUAAAACAGACCACAUAGGGGUUAUUUUACCAACAGGAACGAAACUAAAACCUAUGCGCCGAAAGGUUGAAUUUCGGGAUUGUAGAAAGCAUCGAAAGGAAGAUUUCCACAAAGCUUUAGCAGAAGAAGAUUGGGAGGAUGUAUCGCAGUCCACGAAUGUAAAUGACGCUGUGAAUUGUCUUGAACGUAAGAUCAUGGAUCAUUUGAAUAAAUGUAUGCCCACAAAAACAGUCUCAAUUUCGUCACGUGACCCUUACUGGAUGAGUCCUUUAAUUAAAUCUUUGCUAAAAGCUAAAUCCAGAAUUGCUCGGUCGCAAAAGGAUAGACUCAGUUUAAUUAACAAAAGGAUUUCUGAUGUCAUUUGUCUAAACAGAAGAAAUUUUAGGGCCUUGGUGGGUAGUAGAACUUGGUGGAGAAAGACGAAUGAUAUUUCUCAGCGAAAUGCAUCGUCAUCAAGAGUUACUUUAGAUAAUGCAUCACUUACAAGAUUAAAUCGCUACUUUGGCGAACUCUGCCACGAUGAUAGUAUGUCGAACCGACGCUCUCAAUUAUUGGUGAUGAAGUAG